ACCACCGCUAAACAAGAAUAUUCCGCCUCGCGUUCAAACCUUCGCCACUGCGCCGCCUAUUUCCGCGGUCGUUCACUCCGGCGACCACCUAUCGCGCCGCCACUGCCUUUCCCGGCCUCCCUCGGCCCUCCCUCGCCGGGAGACCUUGCCCCCGCCGCCGACCGCCCAGUUGCUCGCCGAAAAAUCUCGAAUCCGCGCGGAAAAUCUCGAGUUCUCGCCGACAGAGGUUGCGGUGCUCGAUUUCGUGCUCUCGAGCGCAUUCGAGCACCGUACUGUGAGUCCGUGGCGUGGGCGCGCGCUUGGCCUUGGUAGCCCGCAAAAUCCUGCGGGUCGAGGUGCCGUCUGCUCGCCUCCAUAAGAGCCUCGGUGACGGCGGCGUCGGGGCCGCGUUGAUGCGGCCGAUUCCGGUCUCGAUUGGAAGGCGAGGUGCGGACGCGCGGUGUAGACUCGAUGACGAGGGCGAAGGAGCAGAGGUAGAAGAGGCGGCCGUGGUACUGGCUCCCGAUUCCGGUCCCAGCGGGGGCUGAUGUUGUUCUCAUUUUUUGGGGGCGCUCGGUUGCUUGCACUUGCAGAGCUGGUGUUGAUGCUGGGCGAGGGAGUCGGCCGUCCGAAGGACAUUGUGAAGGCGGCGAGAGCGGACGAGCAGAUGGAGGUCUGCAGCAUGUGGAAGUUCCCGUCCCGACAGCAAAGAAGAAUGAGGUACUGUUGAAACUGCAAGCAGCAACCGUCAAUCCAGUUGACUGGAAGAUACAGAAAGGGGACAUGCGGCCUCUGCUACCUCGUAGAUUGCCCUUUAUCCCAGUGACCGAUGUCGCAGGAGAAGUUGUUGAUGUUGGUCCUGGAGUGAAAGAUCUCGCAGCAGGAGAUCAAGUUGUUGCCAUGUUAAACUCUCUUAAUGGAGGUGGACUAGCUGAGUACGUUGUAGCACCCGCAAACAUGACUGUCAAAAGGCCAUCUGCGGUAUCUGCAGCUGAGGGUGCUGGCAUUCCCAUUGCUGCUGGCAGUGCGCUCAAGUCACUGAGAUCCAUUGGUGCCAAGUUUGAUGGCACCGGCAAGCCUUUGAACGUGUUGAUCACUGCCGCCUCUGGUGGCGUUGGCCUGUACGCUGUGCAGCUUGCGAAGCUGGCGAACCUCCACGUCACGGCCACCUGCGGGGCCGGGAACAUGGAUCUUGUGAGGAGCUUGGGUGCAGACGAGGUGAUGGACUACAAGACCCCAGAGGGUGCUAGCCUGCAGAGCCCCUCCGGCAAGAAGUACGAUGGCGUGGUUCACUGCACCGUCGGCGUCAGCUGGUCGACAUUCAGGCCAUUGCUGAGCAGCCGCGGGAAAGUGGUGGACUUAACCCCCAACUUAUCUGCCAUCCUCACCUCUGGCCUCCACAAGGUCACAUUCGCAAAGAAGAGUGUCGUGCCCCUGUUUCUGCGGCUCAACAAGGCAGACCUGGAGUUCUUGGUCGGGUUGCUGGAGGAGGGCAAGCUGAAGACGGUGAUCGACUCGAGGUUCCCGCUGAGCGAGGCAAGCAAGGCAUGGCAGACCAGCAUCGAUGGCCACCCCACUGGCAAGAUCGUCGUUGAGAUGGAGGGCUGACCGUCGUUAGUGCUGCUAUUACCGACGGACUUCCAUAGAAAGUAGAGAGAAAUGCCGAAAAGUGCUCUCGCUCAGUUAAAAAAAUUGAAAAUUGUUUUUACAAGUUAUAAAAAAUUAUGAAAAUAAUUCUGUAGAUUACCAAUGAUACAUCCCACAAUCAUGGAAAAUCCCAAUCCAAAAUUAUUUUUAUUUUGACCUGGACAAAAAUGACAAAUUCUGAUAUGUUUUGGAGAUUUGAAAAUGACUACUCAGAUCUACAAUUUUGUCAUUUUUGUGUAGCUCAAAAUAUUAAGUAUUUGAAAUUGAUUUUUUGCCCGUUUGUGGGAUACAUCAUUGACUAUGUAUGCAUUUUUUUCCAGAAUUUUUUACAGCUCAAAACUAUAAUUUUUAAUUUUUUUAAAAAACGAGAUCACUGGUGCCCAUGUGCACCAAAUCUGUGUCCGAGAAAUGCAGACUAGUCACUUGUGCGCUUGUUUUCUUCUGAUGAUGUUCGUUUUUCUUCAGCUUGUGUUUAGAGUCUUCAGAGGUGUGACCGUGUGAGCGUUGCAUAAAUAUAUCGAUUAUAGAUGUAAAUUAGCAAAAUUGUAGUUAUGCUGUCAAGAAUAUGCUCGCAAUUAUAUUUCUGGGAUGAUUGUUUUCU